UGAAAACUUUUGGCAACACUGUAACAAUUAUAUAUUCUAAUUUUGUAUUUCUACUUGUAGUUGAAAAAUUUGCUUAGUUUCGUUAAAAAGUCUCGUAAAUUAAAUAUUAAAAUUGUAUUACUUUGUUUUCAAGUUUGAAGCCGCUGCUUUAAUUUUGUCCUUAUGGCUCAGAAUGCCAUCGAACCUAUGCAAGUGGAUGCUCCUCCUGAAGAUAACGAUAACAAUGAAGAAGAUAGUUAUAUUGUAGAAAACCCAACUCUGGACCUAGAGGUGUAUGCAAAUAACUAUAUAGGUCUUGCAAAGUUGUAUCGCCUCAUUUAUGUCAUUGAUCAUUGCCCCGCGCUCAAACUUGAAGCCCUGAAAAUGGCUAUAUCAUAUGUAAUGACUACAUACAAUGUAAAUUUGUAUCAAGUCCUGCACCAAAAAUUAGCAGAAGUAACUACAGCAUUGAGUGUUCCAGAUGUAGCUGCUUCAGCAACUUCACAGGAUAUACCUGCAGUUGACAACUUGUGGAUGGAGAGUAGGUCCAAGAAGGCCGCUUUGAAGCUGGAAAAGUUGGACAACGAUUUGAAAAAUUAUAAAACCAACUCAAUUAAAGAAAGUAUUCGUAGGGGUCAUGACGAUCUUGGAGAUCAUUAUUUAGAUUGUGGUGAUUUGUCCAAUGCAUUGAAAUGUUACUCUAGAGCAAGAGAUUAUUGUACAAGUGGUAAACAUGUUGUAAACAUGUGCCUAAAUGUGAUAAAAGUGUCAGUGUAUUUACAGAAUUGGUCACAUGUUUUGAGCUAUGUUUCAAAAGCUGAGAGUACACCGGAUUUCUCAGAAACCCACACGAAAGAUUCUAAUCAAGUUAUUGUCACUAAAUUGAAAUGUGCCACUGGAUUGGCCGAGUUAGCUUCUAGGAAAUAUAAAUCGGCAGCUAAACACUUCCUGCAGGCCAAUAUUGAUCAUUGUGAUUUUCCUGAGUUGCUGUCUGCAAAUAAUGUAGCAAUGUAUGGGGGUCUCUGUGCUUUAGCCACCUAUGACAGACAUGAACUCCAAAAAAAUGUAAUUUUUAGUAGUUCUUUCAAGCUAUUUUUAGAAUUAGAGCCUCAGCUACGUGAUAUCAUCUUCAAAUUCUAUGAGUCAAAGUAUGCAUCUUGUUUGAAAUUACUUGAUGAAACUAAAGACAAUUUGUUGCUGGAUAUGUAUAUAGCACCACAUGUUAACACUUUGUAUACUCAAAUUCGAAAUAGGGCAUUGAUUCAGUACUUCAGUCCAUACUUGUCUGCAGAUAUGCACAAAAUGGCUUCUGCCUUUAAUAGAUCCGUUUCCGCUCUCGAAGACGAGCUGAUGCAACUUAUUCUGGAUGGUCAGAUCCAAGCUAGGAUAGAUUCUCAUAAUAAAAUCAUUUUCGCUAAAGAUGUGGAUCAACGCAGCACUACAUUUGAGAAAAGUUUACUCAUGGGGCAGGAGUAUCAGAGAAGGACGAGGAUGCUGAUAUUAAGAGCAGCUGUCUUGAAGAAUAAGAUACAAGUGAAGAGUCCUCAGCGCGACCCAGGGCAGGGUCCAGAAGUUAUUGUUGCUACUGGAACAACUUCAAUCCUGAGUGCACGCAUUUAACCGACUAUUUGUGACACAGUUUUGACUGUUGAUAUUUUUUGUAUUCUUCUAAAAAAUAUCUAGAUUUAGUAUAGUUAAGUGGCUUUUUUGAAUAUUCAAAUUAUAUGUAUAUAUUCAAUCA